CGCAGCACAAAAAUGAUUCAACAUUCCGCAUCAACCACCACACACGCCAUCCAUCCCGUCAGCCAUAAUCAGCUCUCGGGCUGGCCGGCCGUGACGCCACAACGAGUCACUGUGGAUGUGUCGCGGGUUUGUGCACACGUGAUCAUGAGUCGACGAUCCUCAGAGAGAGAGAGAGCUAUGCUUCAUGCAGAUCGAGUUAUCGGACAUGGCCAUCAUAGUGUCAAACACGCAACACGUCAAGAUAUAAAUGAGGUCAGCACUUUUCGGCUUGGUGUAAGCACUUUACCGAAAAUUACUGCAGGCACGCCAACCCACACGUAUCGUGAGCCUCUUGCGUCUUGCAGCUGUCGACCAUCCCCUCUCAUGUACGCCGGGCAGUCAACGCUACGCAACGGGAGAGGCUUUGUCAUGAACCAGCUCCAUCUGUCCAGCAAUUGGCUCACCUACCUACCCACCCCCUCACCCACCCUCCCACCCACACACGCAGGCAGCCAUCAAGCCGCACACCACAAACGGGCCCCGACCUUCUGGUGGUUUCUGCGCCUCUCUUCACUGACGGCUGUCUCCGCGAUCCUAUCAAAAAAGUGACGCGGCAAGUCCGCCAUGUGGAGCGUACCAUCCCUGUUCCUCCUGAUCACGUGAUCGUAGACAGGGCCGUGUGGCCACGCCCGGCUGAUGUCCUUCGCGACGUUGAGUGGGAUGCCCGGCUGGCUGUCUGGCUUGGUCGUCCACACGGUCACGAACCAGAUGGGAAGGCACGCGUAGGGGCACUGAGCCAACGACUCAGUGUCCACCGCACCAUCCGACAGACCCAGGGCUUCCGCGUGCGCCGUGAAGCCUGAUCCACGGACACAUCACAGACGUGCAGCGAGGAACACUCGUGUCUCCGCCUGGCUUUGUGGGUGCGUCUUUCAGAGUACCCGACCUGAGAGGAUUGCUUGUGAGAAGGCCCUUAUUUCUGUACGAGACGUAUAGUCCCGGCAGAUGACGAUGCCCAUCAAGUGGUCAGGAUUGUCCGUCAGGACUUCCAGACAGACGCCCUGCUUCACAAAGGCCUCCUUGAGGUGCGGCGUCAGGGCCUCGAGAAACGUCAGUUGGGACUCGGUCUGCACAAUCGUACAUAUUCACCGACACGCACAAGCAAAGGUGUGACUAUACACACAUACAUAGCGCCGAUGCACUGACCGGCCCAUUUGCUCCGUUUGCAUAGUGCAGCCCCAAUCGCCACGUCUGACUUCCCCCUUCGACCCUCUCGCCGCCGUCUCUCUCGGGCAGCGUGAGGGAAGCAGGCGAUGGGAAAGCUGAAAUGCUCUCCUCUGAGGCCUUCGCACACAGACACACAAGGCAGGAGAGACGCAGUCCCCAUGAGGGAUUUGUUGCCACGACCUUGGGUCGGUAGGCUUCCAACUGGGGAUCAUCGUCAUCCCCGGACCUGAUGAAACCACACAUCGGACACACAUCAGCGAUCUGUGCACAGAGAAAACAUCACACUGCGCACACAUUGCCCUACCGCAAGAGUGACAUCGCGUUCUCCUCCUCCCUGGUGAGCUUCUUUCCCAGGCCUUUGUUGAAAUACAUGUCCUUGAUUCCUUCACAGCCGAGCUUCAUGUUGAAGUUGUCUUUCAUCCGGCCCUCCAAGUUCAGCUUCAGCAAACCCAAAUCGCCAUCCUCGAUCUCCAGCCCUGCAUACACACAGAGGCAGGCAGACAUGCGUGCAUUGUGAUGAUAUGAGGGGUGCGUAAGACCCAUAUACGUCACGUACCUUUGCCGUCCUGCAGGGACACGUACUUGAUGCUCACAAGUGGUGUGAAGGUCCGCGCAUCACGUCGCCACGUCGUCUGAGCCCUCCCGCAGUUGUCCAGAUGCGCAUCAUGCCUCGCCGCCAGGGAACCAUUGGCAGAGGACGCUGGGAUGCUCUCCUCUGGAGCCUGAGCACACACACAGACAAGCACGAGAGAGAUUCAGUUGCCAGCAACCAAGCAGGAGCCCAGCCUACCAUUGCCACACCCGUCUUGGGCUCGGCCUCCGGCUGGACUUGUGUGAUGGCGAAGCCCACGGGCAUGGCAAUUGAGUUGUUGGGGCUGCCGAGGAAGUCGAGGAUGUCGAUCGCGAGCGGCCCCUGCCUGCCCUUCAAGUAGUACUGGCCCACAUAGCGGUCGAUGCAGUGCUCGCGGCUCGGGAGCCUGUCGUUGUACUCCCAGUUGUCGCCACACUUGUACUUGUACUUCAGCAUGCAAUCGUCAGGUAGGGUGACCGUGAUCUCCUUCUGCCACAUGAAGCCACUGGUAGCACAACAACACACACACACAUAAUUGGGCAAUGUAGAUGUGAGGUCGUCCUUACUUGAGGCAGCGAUGUUUCUCCUUCUCGGUAAAGGUGGCCUCCUUGGUCUGCUCAUCCCAGUUGCCUGCACACAGCCGCACACAAAGCACACAUUCCGCCUGUCCCCUCUCCCGAAUUUUGGCAUAGCUUCUCGUCGCACCCAGCUCAGGGCAGUUACCGCGAAUGCAGAGGGGAGGGGGGUGCUGUUCCUGUGGCGUUUGUCAGGGUCGGUAAGGUGAUUCUCAAAUCCGGGAAGGAAGACGCGAAACCUCAACAUCACCUUGUUGGCGGAAAGCUGGCCUCCCAUGCUUUCGUCCCC